AGCAGUGCAGCUUAGGGCUCUGUUAUGCACACCUGAGCACAUCAGUGGACUUUACGGCUAGGUUCACAUAUGUGCUGGUGGUGCCGCUGCGGAUCCACACAAAAAUCUGUACAGCCACACCACUCUGCACAGAGGAAUGUGGACCCGCAGGAGGGUGCCAUUAUUUCUAAUGGCAUGCUGCCCGCAUUGGAAAUCGCAACCGUACUGGGAACCGAGGUUCCCGCGCGGGCUGCGUUUUCAGAAGUGCAAGGACUUCUUCCCUGCAUGUCCCGGGGCACGGAACUUCAUUCAAAUGUAUGGGCUCUCGUGCCCACGCAAAAAGUGGCCUGCAGGAAUGUGAAUAUGUGA